AUGGCCGCUGCGAUUUCGACCAACGAGCAGCUCGCCAGCCUGCAGCGCGACUUUGCACCCCACCUGGAGCUGCAGCCGCCGACAGAGCGCGUCGCCUGUAGUCUGCGGCCGCGCGCCAACCCGACAAACUACUCGGACCGCAAGGCGUUUGACCCCACUGGUGUGCUGAGUGCGGACGAAGCGACGGGCAUGGCGGAGCUGGAGGCGCUUGAGGCGCGCGGGCUCGAGCUCUGCUCGGCGCUGUACACCUACCGCUCCAUCGCGCGGGCGCUUCCGACCGCUGGCGGCGACGACGAGAACAAGAGGGCGAUGUACCUCACAUCGUUCGAGGUGCUGCACCCGCACGUGCAGCGCGUCAAGGAGCUGAUGUACUACAAGGACGACGCCGUCGCCAAGUUCUGCGCCAGCCUCGCCCUGUGCACCGGGCCCGGCUCCGACGGCUUGCUGCUCUCUCUCUCUCUCUCUCGCCGCUUGCUGCUCGCGCUGUCUCGCGUGUUCGACGUCGUCGCGGUCCUCGACUCGAUCAAGGACACAAAGGCGUGCCUCUCCAACGACCUCUCCGUGUACAAGCGCGCCUUUGCGCACUGCCGCGCCGACGUCACCAACGCCGACGCGAUCUUCAACUCGAACAACGCGCUGCAGCUCUUCCUGGCGGAGAAGGGGCCGCUGCUCUCGGCGCUCAAGGCGGCACGCCCUCGCCACCUCCCGAGACACGCCCUCCUCCCUCUGCCACGGCCACUUCGCCACCCGCCCAAUGCCUUUCUCUCUCGCAAGCUCCGCCGCGACCGGCUCGGCCGCCUCUUCAAGGUAAGCCCUGUCGUCCCCCUCUACGGCGACAUGCACGCCAACUUGCCCCUCAUCCUCCGCCGCUGCCCAAACUUCUCGCCCGCCGCGGCGGCCGAGCUGCUGCCGCACUCGCGGCGCGAGAUGGAGUCGCUGACCGGCAGCUAUGACGUGGUGGCGGCGGCGGGCUCGCUGCGCAGCCUCGUGGUCGACUACACCGCGUCCUUGCCGGCGCUGCUGCGGCGCGCCGAGGCUGUCGGCGGGCGGAGGCUGGGCCGCGACGAGCGCGGCGCGUUGGCGCGCGCCGUCUACGAGCAGGCGCCGCCAGCCGAUGGACAAGUGCUGCGCGGUUGCCGGUACAUGGCGGCGGUGCACUCGCGCCUCUCCGAGCUCGUCGCGCGGGGCGGUGUGCACGGCGUCUCUUCACACCGCCUGCUGUGCACUCGCGCCUCUCCGAAUUCGUCGCGUGGAAGCGAUCAACGGGCGUUUGUGCACGGCGCGCUCGGCCCGACGACGCGCAAGGCGGUCAAGCACGACAAGCCGCUCAAGAAGGCGCUGCUUGGCUUGCGCGGCCUCGCCGCCGACUUCCCGUCGCGAGAGGCGCGCGCGGAGGGCAUGGACGAGGCCGUGCUGAAGAGCAAGGAGUUCAAGGCGGGCGACCACGCGCACGACUUCCCGCCGCGCGCCGCCCCGCCGGCGAUGACGCAGCUGUGGCUGCUGCGCUCGGCGGUGCGCGCGCUCUCCGACGACCGCUCGCUCUUCGCCCAGAAGAGCUCGCUGCUGGCCGAGCCGGACCUGUCCCGCGAGGUGGCCAAGGAGAUGCGCUCGUUCUACGUGCAGUCGGCGCACUUUGAGCCGCUGCUGCAGCUCUCCGCCACGGCGCUGUCGGACGUGUCCUUCCUGUGGACGCGCGAGUUCUACCUCGAGCUCUGCGACGUGCAGUUCCCGACUUCGAUGUCGUUGCCGUGGGUGCUCACCGAGCACGUGCUGCGGCAGCGAAACACGCCGCUGAUGCCGCUCCUGCUCGCGCCGCUCGGCGUGUAUGCCGAGAUCGAGGGCGAGCUCGCUCUCGUCUUCGAGCAGGCGCUGUUCACGCUGUCCGAGCAGGUGCUCUUCACGCUGUCCGAGCAGGUGUUUGCGCACUGCAAGACGCGCGCCUCGCUCAUGCUGCUCGACCCGGCGCGGCUCGGCGGCAUCGCCGCCGCCGACGACGGCGCCGCCCAGGCGCUCGGCCGCAACUGGUAUGCGCCGCUGCUCGCGGAGCGGACCCUCGUGCUGCUCGGCCGCCCCAUCGAUUUGGCGGCGCAGCUGACGGUGCGGAUGGGCGCAAUGCUGCGCAGCUCCGUCGACGUCGCCAUCUCGCGGUUCGAGUCCAAGGAGCUGCUCGCCGUCGUCGAGCUUCAGGCGGCGCUGCGCGCGUGCCGGCUGACGCAUGUGCUGCUGCGAGAGGGUUUGCCCGACCUCGACGAGUUCGAGGAGGUGCUCGCGGAGGCCAACGAGGCGGUCGGCUUCCUCUCCUUCUCCUCGCGCAUUCUCGACAAGGCGACGCGCGACGCCAUCGACGACCUGCUGCCCAACUGCGCCUACCGGCAGGACGCCGUCCUCUUCGACCGGCCGCCGCCGACCGCCUUCACGCCGCCGCCCGAGCGCGACAAGGCGCCGCGCAGCACGCCGCCGCACCUGCUCUUCGGCACCAGCCCGCUGAAUGCGGAGUACGCCAUGCUCGCCGCCGCCGCCGGCACCGGCUUCGGGCCGCGCCAUGCCGAGGCGCUGCUCGAGGUGCUCGGCGAGGCCGGGAUGCAGGCGCUCUCCCGCGCGCUGAGCGAGCACCUGGCGGCGCUGCUGCCGCACUCGCUCUCGUCGUACGUGCUCGCGCUGCAGGAGGCGCUCCCCGCCGAGAUCAAGCAGCCGUCGCACGUCUACGGCGCCGCCGGCUGCCUCGGCUACUACGAGGCGAAGCUGCUCGACCUGCGCGGGUACGAGGAGCUGCACUCGGGCGUGCUGCACACCUUCCGCCGGCUCGGCAACGGCGUCGCCCUCGUCCGGCUCCUCGAGGCGGCGCUCGGGACCCGCUCCACGUUCGCCCUCGGCCAGCUCCCCGUCGAGGGCGGGCAGCCGCCGCUCGUCGCCGCCGCGACCGCCGUCGCGGCGGCGUGGGGGCAGCAGGCGGCCGACUCGGACAUGGUGCUGAUGGCGGAGCAGCUGGCGGGCGUGUGCGCGCCGGCGCGAAGCAGCGCGUCGCUGCUGCUGCCGCUCCUCGCGCGGCUCUCGGCCGAGCUUGCGCCGCUCAAAGCCUCGUGGCUCGGCGAGGGCGCCACCGCGCUGCACCGCGUCUGGUCGGCCGUCCAGUUCCUCUUCUGCACCGCCGAGCACGCGCCCGGCCUCGACAACGCCGCGCUCUUUGGCGACGGCGUCUCGCUCGCCGGCUGCCUCGUGCUGCACAUGCUGGGGCAGCGGCACGCAUUUGACUUGCACGCCUUCAACGCGCACGUCCUCGCCGUCCACCUCGCGGGCGGCGCGCCCGCCGACGCGACCCUCGACCGGUACCUCACCCGCGUCGCGCUGCUCAAGCGCGCCAACGAGGCGGCCUUUGCGAUGCUCGAGGCACUCGGCUGUGAAAAGCGGUGAACCGAUCAGCGAAAAUGUCUCACAUACUCAAUUCUCGAGAGCCCA